UCCUUUUCUUUUCAUCAUUUGAAAAGCUUCUCUGCUCACAAAAUACAAAACCAAAGACUCCUCUUUUCCAGUUCUCCCUCACCCUCUGCUGGGCCACUUCCCACAUCUCUCUGGCAAAGAUUUCUCCGACAGCAUGUCUCGAAUGAGAUAGGAGAAGAAAAUUUGGUUUUCUUGGGGAAAAAUGAGUCUUUGCAAUUGAAGAUGACAUGUUUAUCCACGCUUUGAUAAUCGAGGAUUAAGGGGUUGCAAUUUGUGAGAGAAAGAGAAAGUGGGUAAGAUAGAUAAGGUAUGGAAUCACCACAGAGCCCAGGGCAGCAAAUACGAUCGGUGGCGGAUUUGAGAGGGAAGCAUCGGAUUUCAGCUGAAUUGAAGCGGCUAGAGCAAGAGACUCGAUUCUUGGAGGAAGAACUGGAAAAGCUUGACAGAAUGGAGAAGGCCUCGGGUGCUUGCAAGGAAAUGUUAAAAAUCGUGGAAACGAGACCAGAUCCACUACUCCCCCAAACGAACGGUCCAAUAAAUCCUUCUUGGGACCGGUGGUUUGAGGGACCCCAGGAUGCAUCCGGAUGUAGAUGUUUGAUACUGUGAUGCAGCUGAUUCCUUCAAUUUCAUCAUUUACUUUACUGGAAAUUGAUUUUGAAAUUUGUACCUUAUACAAGUACUCAGUAUGUUUGUUUUAGUGGUAGUCUGAUAGAUAUCAAAUUUGAAUUGUCUCGUAUCAAUGUGCAGAAAAAUGAAUUAUUGCUGUCUUUUUUACAUUCUAAAGUAGAAAAAGUUCAUCAA